AGAAGCACAAGCCUUGAAUUUCUGCCUUUCUUCUGAAGUGUAGUUUCGGUCCAUGUUAAUUUGUGAUGAGUGCGAAUGGCAUGGGCACCGUAUUCCAAAAUGGCAGCGCCCUUGAGAACUUUUCGUGCGUGUUUUUCAAGCUUUCGAAAAUGUCAUACCGGACCGCGUAUCUCAGCAGUCAAUGCUCGAAAUUUCACUUCCAAAGAUGCAUCUUCAGAUAACAAAGGUGAAACGCAUUUUGGAUUUGAAAAUGUUUCUAAAGCAGAGAAAACUGAAAAAGUGCAUCAAGUGUUUUCCAGUGUUGCAGACAGCUAUGACACCAUGAAUGAUGCAAUGAGUCUUGGGAUUCACCGUUUAUGGAAGGAUCAUUUCAUCCAGGUCCUGAAACCAACUCCAGGAACUCAGUUAUUGGAUGUUGCUGGUGGGACAGGUGACAUAGCCUUCCGCAUCAUAGACUACAUGAACAAUCUGAAGCAAGAUCCAGAGUUUACAAAGGAAUGGCCGGAAGAGAUAAGAUGGUCUGGGUUGGAGAUGGGAGAAGAUGCGAUCCUCCAAGAUAGAGAGCAGGAGGGGGCGGGGCAUACAAGGGUGCCGGAACAUCAUGUGACUGUAUGUGAUAUCAAUGAGAAUAUGCUGAGAGUUGGGAAGAAGAGGGCUAAACAGAGAGGCAUUCACAGUGGUAUAUCAUGGGUAUGUGGCAAUGCAGAAGAGCUUCCCAUCGCAGAUGACAGCAUAGAUGCAUACACGAUAGCAUUCGGUAUAAGGAAUGUCACAAAUAUCGACCAGGCACUGGAUGAGGCUUACAGAGUGCUUAAACCAGGAGGUAGAUUCCUCUGCCUAGAGUUUAGUGAAGUCCAGAAUUCACUGUUAAGGAUGUGA